AACUGCCUUGAAAAACUUAGUGCCACUUUAUCCUCAAAGCAACCGUACGUAUGCGCGUUAUAAAAAAAAAUGUUUUAUAAAUUUUGAGCGCGGAAAAAAAAACGGCGGGAAAAUUUAUUUUUAGGUAAUUUUUUAAGUAGUGUUUUUAAGUUUAAUAAUAUAAAAUUAGUCGAAAUGGAAUACUCGAUUGUGAUUUUAGUUUUAUUAAGUUUAUGUGUUGAAAGUGUUUGGCUUCAAGGUGUGGGCUCAGGAGACGAUGGGAACCUGCGAGUGUGCGUGGUGGAAGGCCGGGGGCUGUACAAGCGCGCCGGCCGGUUCUGUCCGAUCCUGGAUGCGGAGAAUAGUGGGGUGGAGUGCGUCCUGGGCACUGACAGGCUAGACUGCCUGCGCCGCAUGUCGAAGGGCACGGUGGACUUCGGCGUGUUCAGCCCCGAGGACCUGGUGGCCGCGCAGUGGGCCGACAUCGACGUGCUCGUCACUAAUGAGCUGAGGAAUCGACCUGGUAAAUUUGAGCGCUCCAUAGUUGCCGUAGUAAAUAGAAGAAUACUGCCAGAGGGAAGAUCGACAGUGAGCGACAUCUUACGGAACACCACCCUGUGUCACCCGGGGCAAAGCAAAGAUGACAUGAGAGGACUUAGCGAUACACUGGCUGAGUACCUAGAGAACCUGGUGACAGUGCCAUCGUGUAACGAGACGAUGUCGCUCACUGAGAACCGCAUCAAAGCCAUGUCUGAAUUCUUCAACAAAGCCUGCAAGGGAGGCCCCUGGCUGCCGGAUGCGAUGAGAGAUGCUGAAUUGAAGUCGAAAUACUCUAACCUGUGCGCGGCGUGCCACUCGCGCUCGUGCUCGUCCAUCGACCAGUACUACGGCGGCAGCGGCGCGCUCAGCUGCCUCGCCGAGGGCGCCGGCGACGUCACGUGGCCGCUGCUGCAUGAAGUGCAGGCUUACUUUGGGUUGCACCCAGAGACCACGGCGUUCGGCAACCCUGCGGACUUCGCGUACCUCUGCCGCGACGGCUCGUGGCAGCCGCUGAUCGAUAACCCUGAGCCGUGUCUGUGGCUCAAUAGGCCUUGGCCUGUUGUUGUGGCUAAGAGGAAAGCGGCAGAAUCAGUGAGCCACCUCGCAGCAUCUCUCACCAACUCCUCAGUCACCGUCGACGCGCACUGGCGCGGCGCGCUGGCGGCUCUGCUGGAGAUCAACCAGGCGCUGACGGAGCCCCUGUCUCCUCAGAUGAACCCGCUGGACUACCUGUCAGGGGCGAGGGGGUUCCGGGAGGCGUAUAGCCGGAGCGGGUGCUCUCCGCCUAGACACAUAACCCUAUGCACAACAUCGAUCCUGGAGAAGAACAAGUGCGAGUGGCUGAGCGAGGCGGGUUCAGUCUACGGCGUGGCGCCUCCGCUGCAGUGCAGUAUGAGGCCCAGCAAGCGGGAGUGUUUCCGAGACGUGGAGAGCGGCGGCAGUGAUGUCGUCAUGGCGGAUAGUGACUGGCUGGUGGCUGCUCAGAGAGAUUAUGCAGUAGCCCCACUUCUCCACGAAACAACGCCAAUAGUGGACCAAACCAGCACGGUAGUGGCGUAUGUGAAGAAGGAUUCGAAAAUAACCAAGAUCUCAGAUUUAAGAGGGAAGAGAGCUGUAUUUCCACGCUACGACGGCCUUGCUUGGCAUGCUGUCGCAAAACAUCUGUCAGAAUCCCAAUGCGACAGCAUUUUGACUGAGUUCUUCAGUGAUAUCUGCGCCCCAGGAAUAGAGAAAGUGAAGAAUAUUUCAGCAAACGUGGUGGAAAAGUUAACUAAGAAUUGUAACGUGGAUGGAAGCAAUGUGUUGGAUGGGGAAAUUGAAGCCCUGAGGUCUCUGGUUGAAGGAAAGGCUGAUGUCGCAUUCAUAAGUCUGAGCAGUUUUAAACUGUAUUCUAGUAAUCUAAUAGCUGCGCCUUGGGCCAAAAAUAUCCAAGACAUAGUUCCUGUCUGUCCCGAAGAAAACGAGAAGUACUGCUUCCUUAGCUGGUCCAACAUUGGACAUCUAUAUGGAUUAAGAAAUUUGAAACCUAUGAAGAAACACGAAAUCAUUAACGUAUUCACUAAGUUAGACGCUCUUUUUGGAAAGUUUCAACCAUUCCACAGUGCCAUGUUCUCGAUGUAUGGUCCCUUCAAUCAUAAAACUGAUGUUCUUUUCCAUAAUAAUACAAAAACUCUUUCUACUGAUAAAGUACUUAACAUGCAUCCAUACGAUAAGAUUCCUUCGAAUUUCGAGCGUAGCCUUAACAUUAAUGACUGUACAUUCAAACAAUUUUCGUCGGGAUGCAAUUUACUACCCUCAUUUUCUAUUAUGUUGAUUGGUCUAGUCUAUUUUGUGAUAAGUAGUUAAAGCAAUUUAAUAAAUUAUUAAUUUACGAAUAUCUGUAAAAAUAAUGAACUAAAAUAUGACAGGCUGAGCAUUACCCGAUAGAGGGAAGUAACGCCAGCCUCUUAGGUACACGACAACGGCGGCCAUCUGGCCGACAUUUUCUUUUUAUUAUUUUAAUUUAACUCGCCAUACUCAGAUUUUUUUUCAUCACUGAAAAAAAUAAUUGUAGGUACCGACUAUAUUAUAAUUUAUGUGUGUGAGCUAUAUUAUGUAGAAAACUUAAAUUAAAGAAAUAUCUGUUCAAAUUCUGAAAAAGUAAAGUACGACGGUA